AUGACCACCGAAGCGUUUAUUGCCGCCUUAAAAAGAUUCAUCGCGCGAAGAGGAAUCUGUCAGAACAUUUAUUCGGAUAAUGGAACAAAUUUCGUUGGGGCCAGCAACGAAAUCAUCGACAUCCAUCGGACGUUUCAAAAGGACGACAAGUUUCGACACUUUCUCACCGAUAAGAGAAUUUCAUGGCAUUUUAUGCCAGCCUUAUCUCCCAAUUUUGGUGGUUUGUGGGAAGCUGCGGUGAAAUGCGUUAAACACCAUUUAAAACGCGUCGUCGGUGAAGAAUUGUUCACGUUCGAGCAAUUCAACACGUUCGUCAUUGAAAUUGAGGCGAUUCUCAAUUCUCGUCCUCUUACUCCAUUAUCCUCUGAUCCAAAUGAUCCAUCAGCCUUAACACCUGCACACUUUCUGAUUGGUAGUUCUUUAACGAGUAUGCCCGAGGUUGAUUUCAGCGAAAUACCUUCCAAUCGUCUUUCGAAAUGGCAACAUAUUCAGAAGGUGAAGCAGAAUUUUUGGUCCAGGUGGUAUAAAGAAUAUAUUCACCAGCUAAACGUUCGCCAAAAAUGGACCAAGGGGUCACACGAUAUCAAGGAGGGAUCCCUGGUGGUCUUGAAGGAUGACCAUCUACCACCACUACAAUGGCAUCUCGGCCGCAUCGAAGAGGUUCAUCCCGGACAGGACGACGUCAUCCGAGCGGUCACUGUACGAGGGCCCAGUGGCAUCUAUAAACGGAACGUGAAGCAACUGGCGCUAUUGCCAAUUCAAGAAGUGGUGUAA